AUGAAUCAACGGCUCGAAAAUUUUUUUGGUCGGUUUUAUCCAUCACGUUUGUAUUAUGAUGAUGUCGCGAAAAUGAUUUGUUUCCUAGAUGAAAUGACACCUUCAUUCCAAGUUAUCAAUGAUAUUCUGGAAUGUUUCAUUUUUCCAUUCGUUAUUAAUAUAAUGAAAGAUGAAUUAAGUGAAAUAGAUGGAGAAAAAGAAUUUAGGAGAAAUGAUUGUGUUAGCAUUAUUGUAAAAAAAAUAGGUGAUAAUUCUUUUGCAGUUUUGAAAUGGAGUAUUUGUGAGAGAGUAGUGAACAAGAUGGUGGAUGAAAAUUUUGUAAAAAAAGAAAAAAAAGCCGAAGAAUGA